AUGGAUGUUGGGAAUGGGUCAGAUGAUGAGCCGCAAGUAGAGGCAAAUAACCCCAUCGAAGCUGGCUCAUGUCGUAACCAGCCUCCAAGCCAUGACGAUUACAAAACUUGGAGGAGACGUGGAGCAUCUAGUAGUAACCAGCCUCCAAUGUGGGAUGAAUACCUACGUACGAGGAUGCGUGAUGAUUCGAUUUGGGAUAACAUGUUUAUGCUAACAAUAGCAGCAGUAGAGGAAAGCGCAUUGCCAGUGUUUGAGCGAAUGCCAGAACACCAUAUCGGCUUACGUGGACGAGACUAUAUAAUUGCAAUUCUCAAUGGACAUCCGAAUAACUGUUGGAACUUAUUUCAGAUGGAGAUAUAUGGAUUUGAAGCGUUAUGCAAUAUAUUGCGGGCGAAUGAAUAUCUAACAUCAACAAGAGAGGUUUCUGUGGAGGAAGCUUUGGCAAUGUUUGCAUACACAGUCGCACAUGCCAAAGUUCAACGAAUCACAGCCGACUGGUUUCAACACUCUACUGAAAUAGUUAAUCGGCAUGUCUAUGCAGUGAUGGUUGCCCUAUGUAAUAUUGCUCCUGAUGUAAUUGCACCUACACAUACUACUGGGGUAGCACCUUAUAUUCAAGGCAAUCCAAAACAUUAUCCAUGGUUUGAGGCAACUAACGCGUAUCUAUCUCGUCAUCAACAAGUUAGCCAAAAUGUGCUGGCAGCCUGUGAUUUUGACAUGAAAUUCACAUUCAUAUACGCUGGUUGGGAAGGCACUGCCCAUGAUGCACGCCUAUUUAUGGAUGCAUUGAGUCUUCCAGGGAUCGAUUUCUCAUUGCCUCCUGAGGGUUAUUAUUACUUGGUUGAUUCUGCCUUUCCGUGCACACGGGGGUUUAUGCCCCUGUACCCCAGGGUGCGGUAUCAUAGGUUUGACCGGCAUAGCAAUAGCUCAUUUUCUGGAUAUCAAGAUUAUUUUAAUUAUCGACAUUCUUCCCUCCGGAAUGUGAUUGAGCGUACAUUCGGUGUGCUAAAAAAACGAUUUCGAAUUUUGAAAUCAAUGAACCCAUACAAGGUGACACAACAACGGUAUAUUGCCAUUACAUGUUGUGUCAUGCAUAACAUUAUACGAUCAAUUACACCUAAUGAUAAGAUAUGGCGUAAAUUUAAUAAUCCAAAUCUUGCUGAAGGAUAA